AUGAGCAUUGAGGACGCCCCUGCAACGAAUGCGCCUGAUGCUGCGGGUCCCGCAAACGAUGGUGUUGAUGCGCCAAAAUCGAAAAGGCGCCGGCGUCCCGCCAAUCUCGAGAAUAGUGAUAAGGCGAAGAACCAAACGUUCUAUUUCGUGGACUCAAACUCGUCAUCCAAAGAGAAGCGCGCUCAUGUUAUGCGCCACCACGUCCAGGAGAAACGGAAACAGCGCAAAAUGUCUCAUAGCUCGAUCUCACCCGAGCAAAUACAAGAAUUGUCUGUCUGGCAGGCCAGGAAGGACUCUGGAUAUGAUACAGAUACUAUAAAGGAACCCGGCGUAACCAGCACACCCGGAGCUGCAGCUGAACAGGAAAUUCCGAUACCAUCGCAACUCUCGGCCGCUGAUCUACACUCACAACCAACUCCUACUCCACCACUUAACCCAUCUGUAAAAAGCCCGGAUGCUUGCGAAAAGCACCCAUUCCCCAUACUUCCAUUUGCGCAAAACCCGGACGACAUUGAAUUGCUGGACUAUUGGACAAGCAAGCUAGCCUAUUGGUCUGGACAAAACUUCUACAUCAAAACCAAAAUUUGGCAAUAUUCUGCGGCACAUCCAGUUUCAUUCCAGGCCGUCGUCAUGACCUAUUGCGCACGUUAUAAAGCUAAGCUGCAGGGGCUCGCGGACACCGAAGAAAUUCGCCGGCAUGUUGGCCAAGCCCGAAAAAACAUCCAAGAUGCCACAGCGGGGACAUUGAACAUCCAUCCAGAUUAUAUCGCGAUGGCCCUCGCGGGUCUAGCUCUUUGCGAGGACCGAUAUGGCAACAAACAAGAAUGCCAACCAUACCUAGAUCAAGCCGCUCGAAUUAUGCGUCCACGGCCCGGAUCAAAUAUCCCAGUUGAGGUCUUUCUACAUUACGUGCGAUUUAUUCUGCCGCCAUCCCAUCCAGGAAAUGACCCCACGGCCCCGCAGUGGCUGGUAUCUUUUCUUCGAGGCGCAGAGAACCUUAUGCAGAAGCAUAGCACGCCCGAAUAUCUCGCACAGGCGCCACAAAGACGCGAUAUAUUUCAGAUGGAGUCUCCACUCUUCUCUUUACUGUCUAGCGGACCGCGACCUUCGCAAGUGCCAUACGCGUCACGCAUGUAUGUGGUUCCCGAUCCGCAAACCCAAGAAGUCAGUCGAACGGCAGCGUUGAUUUACAUCACUGCAGCGCUGUGGGAUUUCAAGGAUUCAGCAGAUAAGACUGCACGAUUUAUGAUCUAUCUCAAGAAUAUGGUGGAGGAGCACCAAUUGGGCCGACAUCCUGCGUGUGAAACUCUUCUUUGGGUAUUACUCGAACAAGGAUGCGAGGCUGACCUUCGGAACCCCGAGCGGGCCUGGUCCACUGGUGAGCUCCUAAAGACUCACCGAUUCCUCCGACCCGAUCUACAGUUUAACUUUAACGAGAUCUUGAUGAGUUUCCUGACACUGCGCCCUCCGAUUCGGGGCAUUGACGUGUUCCAAGAGGAGCUUCAGGCGACUUAUCAGUAUUAG